CUGGAAGUACACGAUGAAGUCAUUUUCCCAGAAAAAAACCAAUUGAUUAAGUCAUGAUGAUUUUCCAAGAUGUCUGAGGAAGACAACAUAAAUAAACAUAGCAAGGAAAUCGAAUCCAUUGCCACAUUCUAUGGGGAAAAUUUCAAUCGAUUUAGUAAGGAAACUGUAGAUGAACCGGGUCUAGAAUACGAAAUCUGGCCGUUAGGUAGAGAUCAAAAAUACUCAGCAUCGCUUCGGUUCUCUCUCCCCGACAAGUACCCAGAGAGACCUCCUGUCUGUGAGCUCUACUCAACAUGGAUGACGGAUGCUGAAGAAGAAGAGGUGAACAAAAGAUUCGGCGAGAAGUUGAAAGAGAAUGAUGGUAAAGGAAUAGGAAUGCUAGAUGCAUGGGUUGGAAUACUCAGGGAUUUUGUGGAAAGGAAAGCAGACACAGAACAGGAGAAGGAUGAUGAAAUGCCUCAAAAUGAAGACUUCAAUGAAUCAGAAUCGGAUGAAGACGACGAGCAAGGUGCCGCAGAUGAACCUGUAGAAUUCACCUGCCCUGAAAUAUUCCAUGGUGGAAUGAUAUCAGAUCGCAAGAGCACAUUCCAAGCACAUUUAGCUGUCAUCACAUCCAAACAUCAAGUCGAACAAGUGUUGACCAAACUAAAGCAAGAUCGCAAAAUUGCAAAAGCAACUUAUAAUAUUUGGGCUUACAGGAUUUUUGAUCCAGAAAAGAAUGUAUAUGUAGAAGACUGUGAUGAUGAUGGCGAGUCUGCAGCAGGAGGGAGGCUGUUGCAUUUACUAGAAGCAUCAGACGCCAGCAAUGUGAUUGUUAUAGUAACUCGCUGGCACGGGAAUAUUAGACUUGGACCUGAGAGAUUCCAGCAUAUUAAUGAGUGUGCAAAGACGUUGUUACAAGCACAAGGAAUCAUUGAAGGCAAAGAUGUCAAAGAAAAAGYCAAAGGAAAAGCCAAAAAACACUAAAAAAUAGCUGGAACUGCGUCAAUGUUUUUUGUAGUUCGUGCAAUCUUUAUAGAAAAUCGUUUUUUCGUUUGGAAAACCUAAAAUAAUUCCAUAUUCUAAUUUCCACAUCUUGGAUUCCAGAUUCGGUACAUCUUGGAUUCCAGAUUGUACAUCUUGGAUUCCAGAUUGCACAUCUUGGAUUCCAGAUUGUAUAUCUUGGAUUUCAGAUUGUACAUCUUGGAUUCCAGAUUGUACAUCUUGGAUUCCAGAUUGCACAUCUUAUAUUCCUGAUUGUAUAUCUUGGAUUCCAGAUUGCACAUCUUAUAUUCCUGAUUGUAUAUCUUGGAUUCCAGAUUGUAUAUCUUGGAUUCCAGAUUGUAUAUCUUGCAUUCUAGAUUGUGCAUCUUGGAUUCCAGAUUGCACAUCUUAUAUUCCUGAUUGAAUAUCUUGGAUUCCAGAUUGUAUAUCUUCGAUUCCAGAUUGUAAAUCUUGGAUUUCAGAUUGCACAUCUUAUAUUCCUGAUUGUACAUCUUGGAUUCCAGAUUGUAUAUCUYGGAUUCCAGAUUGUAUAUCUUGCAUUCUAGAUUGUACAUCUGGGAUUCGAGAUUGUACAUCUUGGAUUCCAGAUUGUACAUCUUGGAUUCCAGAUUGUACAUCUUGGAUUCCAGAUUGCACAUCUUAUAUUCCUGAUUGUAMAUCUUGGAUUCCAGAUUGUACAUCUUAUAUUCCAGAUUGCACAUCUUGCAUUCUAGAUUGUACAUCUUGAGUUCCAGAUUGCACAUCUUGGAUUCCAGAUUGGAAACCUUGCAUUCUAGAUUGUACAUCUUGGAUUCCAGAUUGCACAUCUUAUAUUCCUGAUUGUACAUCUUGGAUUCCAGAUUGCACAUCUUGGAUUCCAGAUUGCACAUCUUGGAUUCCAGA